GAAAUCUCAGAACAGCAGCAAAGAAACACCAGAGCAGCAAGACAACGAGCACCUCGCGACGAUCGCUCUUCCAAUUCCUCGAGUUGAAACGAUUUCGCAAGCAUUAAGGUUGCCAAUUUUGCCAAUUUGCUUCGGUGGUAUUGGUAGGAUCCCAGGGCGACGAGGUAGCCGCAAUGGAUCACGGUGGCGGCGGCGGCGGCAUCUGGAUCCGCGCGGCGGCGGCGGUGGCGGCGGGAGGCGCCAUCGCGGCGCGCGCCGUCCGGCGCAGGUCUGUCGACUUCAGCGCCGUGUACGUCGGAGUCCCUGCCAUGGUGGCUCAUACCAUCGCCGGGUACAGGUUCGCGGGGUUGCUGCUGGUAUUCUUCUUCACGUCGUCGCGGGUGACGAGGGUCGGGGAGGCGAGGAAGCGUGCUCUUGAUCCCGAGUUUAAGGAGGGCGGGCAGCGUAACUGGAAGCAAGUUUUGUCAAAUAGCGGCAUUGCAAGUAUCUUGGUUGUUUUGAUAGCAUUAGUUACUGGAGGGACAGAUAGGUGUUUGGAUUCUAAAGAGUCGACUCUUGUAACUGCACUUAUUGGUGGUGUUAUUGGACAUUAUGCUUGCUGCAAUGGUGAUACAUGGUCUUCUGAACUUGGCAUUCUUAGCAAAGCUGAGCCACGAAUUAUCACAACAUUCAAGAGAGUGCAAAAGGGUACCAAUGGUGGUGUAACCAUAGAUGGACUUCUCGCAGCAGCAGCAGCAGGAUUCUCAAUUGGGCUUGCGUUUGUGCUGAUAGGAUUUUUAACCACUCACUGUGCUUCUGAUGUAUUCUGGAGGCAGCUGCUAGUUAUACCCUUGGCUACAGCUGCUGGCCUAUGUGGAAGCCUGAUUGAUUCAAUCUUGGGCGCAACAGUUCAGUACAGUGGUUUCUGCAGUGUUCGUAAAAAGGUGGUCGGAGUAGACGGUCCAACCGUAACGAGAAUUUCCGGAAUCAACAUACUGGAUAACAACGGGGUCAAUGUAGUGUCUGUAUUCUUGACAACUGUUCUUACUGGGGUGGCUUGCACAUACAUCUUCUGAGGUCUAGCAACUGAGAGUAAUCAUAGGAUGACAUUACUGAAGACAAAUAGAAAACCAAUUGAUGGAUUAGAACAUCAAAUUGUGUAACAGUGCCAUUAAUCAGCUUUCAUACAGGUAGUAGUAGAUGCAAAUUGUUGUUUUAGCAUCAAGUAUUUUCAACACUGGAUGAUAUCUUAAAUCCUUUUAAUAGAGAAAGACACUUGCAGCUAUCCCUUAA